UUCUCCUGGCUUCAUAUUACAUUUGUGAAGAUUACGAGUCUUAAACCUGGCAUAGUUCUUGGCCCUUCCUCCUACCCUGCUCUUCCCAAUAACCAUUAAAAUGAGGGUGCUAGAACCGUGGAGCACAAAGUGUUUGCGAGUGUGCUUUCUGUUUUAUUUCCCCACAGGCUUGAAGUGCAUAGAUGAGUGUACAUUUUCCUUGUAUCAGACUGUGCUAAAUAUGGUUAUGGUCAGUGUGUCAAUAAUCCUGGUGUUUGAGAGACAUACAGACACUGGUGUGUCGGGACAUUCUUUCUCUUCAACUCUCCUGCUGACGUCUGAUGCUUAAAACAGAGCAUGCUUUCAUCCUUCUGUACAUUGUCGCAACCCCCUAGGAAUACUUUUAAAGGGUGCUGCAGCUACUUGGGGAAACAGUCGCUGACCAAACCAGAUUCAGACACCUUGAUUUCAGCUUUCGUGAAUGAGGCAUUGUAGUUUCAGCUUUACCUCAGCCUGACAAAAGAAGGGACCAUGUCGAACUUUGGCUAUAGGCGAGAGCUUAGUAAAUAUGAAGACCUAGAUGAAGAUGAGCUCCUUGCUUCUCUAACUGAUGAGGAGCUGAAGGAGCUGGAGAGAGAACUGGAGGACAUUGAGCCUGACCGGAGCCUUCCAGUGGGGCACAGGCAAAAGAGUCUCACGGAGAAAACUCCAACAGGAACUUUCAGCAGGGAGGCACUGAUGGCCUACUGGGAAAGGGAGACCAGAAAACUACUAGAAAAAGAGAGACUCGGGGCAUCUGAAAAGGAUUCUCAACAAGAACAAGAAGAAGAUGAUGAUGACAAAUCUGAAGAAAUUAAUGAAGAGUAUUUCACAGGGAGGAACAGUGAAGUCUCUGAGGAGGCAUACCUUGAAGGAGAUGAAGAAAAGGAUGACAAAGAAGAGGAGGAAGAAUUGGAGGAAGAAGAAGAUGGAGAAGGAGAAGAAGAGGAGGAGGAAAGUGGUUCAGAUAAUGAUAAUGAGGAAAAAGAAUUUGCUGAAGAGGCUAAAAAGACUGCCAAUACUGGACGCAGAAGAAGUUCACUCAAAAUUAAACUUAAAACAUGCAAUAAGAAUGAAAAUGAAGUUGUUACGAAUGGUCACACUGAAAAAGAUGCAGAAGACUUAAGUUACAGAAUGGGUGCCAUGCACCCAUGUGGAAAUCCAACUGUGAUUGAAGAUGCUUUGGAAAAAGUUAGGGACAAUGAUCCUGACACCACUGAGGUCAACUUAAACAACAUAGAAAAUAUUACUCCUCAAAUGCUUAUGCAUUUUGCUCAAGCCCUCAGGAACAAUACUGUAGUAAAGACUUUUAAUCUGGCUAACACACAUGCUGAUGACAAUGUUGCAAUGGCUAUUGCAGGUAUGCUAAAAGUGAAUCAGCAUAUAACAAGUCUGAACCUUGAUUCCAAUUUUAUCACAGGCAAAGGAAUAAUAGCUAUUAUGAGGGCUUUGCAGAAUAACAAAGUUUUAACUGAAUUCCGGUUCCACAAUCAAAGGCAUAUAAUGGGCAGUCAGGUUGAAAUGGACAUUGUUAAACUUCUGAAGGACAAUACUACUAUUGUGAAGCUGGGCUAUCACUUUGAGCUUGCUGGACCAAGAAUCAGUAUGACAAGCAUUCUGACAAGAAACAUGGAUAAACAAAGGCAGAAACGGAUGCAGGAACAAAGACAGCAAGAGUCCAAUUGGGAUGGAGCAAGCAAUCCAAAGACUAAAGCUUUGCAAAAAGGAACUCCUGGUUCUUCACCCUAUUCAUCUCCCCGGAGUUCACCUUGGUCAUCUCCAAAACUUCCUAAAAAGGUCUCAACUAUUCAACACCAGCCUUCUCCCAAAAAUUCGCCUCUGUCCUCUCCAAAGUUACCUAAAAAUGUCCCUCCUGUUAAAAUCCACCCCCCAUCCCCACCCCCACCUCCUCCACCUCCUCCUCCUCCUCCACCACCACCUCCUCAGAUAGUUCCAGAGAAAAAGGCACCAACAAGAAAUAUUGCUGAGGUUAUCAAACAGCAGGAAAGUGCCAAAAGGGGGGCUCUAGAAAAGAAACAGAAGAAAAAAGGCAAGAAAAACAAAACAAAAGAAAAGGAGAUCUUAAAAGAAAUUAAACAUUCAUUAAAAGCAGUCCCAGACAAGAAGUUAGAAGGAGGUUCACGUCCGUCUUCCCGACCUUCUACUCCAAUGAGAUCCCUCCACAGUGAUCUCAUGGAUGCAAUUCGUGCAAGCAGUAUAAAACAGCUAAAGCGGGUGGAAGUCCCAGCAGCUUUGCGAUAACCAAACCCACAUAAUGGAAAGGAUUGAAAAUACUGUGAUGGUUAAGAGAAAGCUACAGAAUUUUUCUGCAGUGAUGCAACAGACUCAUAUAAAUGGCUUCAAAGACGCACUCUUUGAUUUAUAAUAUGAAGCAAGAGACCUAUGGAAUAUCAAGUAACACUUUAAAGGAUGCAUCCAUAUUUUUUCUUUUGUAAAUAUGGAAAGUACUUUUUUAUCUAAUGAGAUUUCUAUGAAGAAAUAGUUUAUUUAGAUACUCUUGUUGAUACCAAGCAGCACAGAACAUGUUCUUUCUACAGAGAAGCAAUUGUUCAGUGACCUGUGCUGUUGUUUUGUCUGCCUCAUGAAUUUACAAUAAAAGUGGUUUGAAUUUAA